AUGGCUACUGCUCAAUUGUCUACGAUUUCCCCGCAAGCCCCGGCUUCUGGCCGCGCGAACACCUGGCAGGGCGCAGGCGCAGCGGAGUUUGAUCUACGAAGUGAUACCAUGACCAAGCCCACGCCAUCCAUGCUCGAUGCCAUUUGCCAGACGACAUUGCUGGACGACGUGUUCAACGAGGACCCUACCACCAACGAACUACAAAGCUACGUGGCGCAGCGGACAAAGCAUGAGGAUGGACUCCUAGUCCUCUCAGGGACAAUGGGCAACCAGGUGGCUAUUCGAACUCAUCUGACGCAGCCUCCGCAUUCUGUUCUGUGUGACCAUCGAUCCCACAUCAUCUGCUAUGAGGCCGGUGGCGUUAGUGCCUGGACUGGAGCUACGGUACAAACCGUGGUACCGAAGAACGGUAUCCAUCUCACCCUAGAAGACAUCCAGAAGCAUGCAGUCCUCGACGACAACAUUCACUACUGCCCGACCAAGCUUAUUAGCUUGGAAAACACCCUCGAUGGUAUGAUCAUGCCUUUGACCGAAUCCCGCCGUAUAGUCGAGUGGGCACACGCAAACGAUAUCAAGGUACACUUGGAUGGUGCGCGACUUUGGGAAGCAGUCGUGUCUGGUGCAGGAAGCCUCGAGGAGUAUACUAGUCUAUUUGACAGCGUAAGUUUGUGUUUCUCCAAGGGCCUUGGUGCGCCAAUGGGAAGCAUUAUUGUGGGAUCUCAAGUAUUCAUCAAAAAGGCCCGCUGGUUCCGUAAGUCCAUUGGAGGUGGUGCCCGCCAGACGGGCAUAUAUGCUGCGGCUGCCCGGGUUGCCCUCGACGAAACCUUUGGCAAGGAUCCGAACGGCAAGACCGGCCUAUUACCUGCGACUCACGCCAAAGCUAAGCAAGUAGCUCAGAUGUGGACUGGUCGAGGGGGGAAGCUGCAAUAUCCCGUGCACACCAACAUGGUCUGGCUGAAUCUGGAGGCGUCUGGUGUAGGGCCUAAUGAUCUGGCUGUAAUUGGACAGGAUAAAGGAUUGAGAUUGCUCGGCGGACGAGUAGUCGUCCACUACCAGGUGUCAGACGAGGCGAUCACACGCCUGGGUGAGGUGUUCGACAUAGCGAUGAAGGGAGACUUCCAACGGAGCAAUGACCAAAGCCGGCCCUACGGAAGUAGCAAGCCUUAA